AUGCGUGCCUCCUCAACCAAUGCCAAGCCGACAUACUCCGGCCAGGCCUUGCUGCCUCAGCUCCCUGUACCACCACUGGAGCAGACAUUGACGAAGUAUUUACGCUCCACACUGCCUCUACAAAAGGCAGUGACGAAGGCUGCUGUCGACUCUGCUCUGACCGGUAAAGAUGCUCAAUUUAUGAACACCCUUCAAGAACGUCUUACCAAGCGUGCCACAGCUGAAGGCCGCGAAAACUGGCUGUCGGACUGGUGGCUCUCUGCUGCGUACAUGACCUACCGUGAUCCUGUUGUGCCUUUCUCGAGUUACUUUUAUCUUCACAAACCGGAUCCAAGAGUGAAGACGGGCGUGGUGCGCGGUGCGCAAUUGCUCAAGUCUAUGCUGGCUUUCCGUCACCUCCUUGUCACUGAGCAGCUUGCCCCGGAAAAGACAAAGACAGGAUUCAUGUGUAUGGCUCCGUACAAGUGGAUGUUCAACUCAUCGCGUAUUCCCGUCGCUGACGAAGAUGUCUCUAAGGGCUUUGAGCCUUCGUCGCAUAAUCAUGCAAUUGUGAUUCGCAAUGGCCACUUUUUCGCGGUGGAUCUCGUCAACCCCAAGACCGGAAGGGAACUGACAUUUUCUGAAAUCGAGGUGCAGCUUGAGCGCAUUGUGAAUGACCCCCAAACCCAAAAGACGGCCGAAUCUCCGAUCGGUGCUCUUUCCAUCACCAACCGUGACGAGUGGGUGAAGAACCGUGAAGCCCUUUUGUCAGGUCCAAAUGCCGAGCACAAUCGUCAGAUGCUGGAAAAAAUCGAAAGCGGCAUUAUCGUGCUAUCCUUGGACGCUACAGACCCGGUAACUCUCGAAGAACGUGCGCGCUGUGUUUAUGGGGGUGAUGGCAAAAAUCGUUUCUUUGACAAGCAACAGAUCAUUGUCUUCGACAAUGGCAUGUCGGGAUACGUCGGUGAGCACUCGAUGAUGGACGGCACUCAGACGCUGCGUCUAAACAACUUUAUGCUCGCUGCCCUCCAGGCCGGCAAAAUUGACCUUACUGGAACGAGCUCGGGCUCUGUACUGGACGAGCCUGAACGCCUCGAUAUCAAGGUCAGUCCUGAGAUUUCGAAGGCUGCUAAGGAUGCGAGCGCGGGCUUUGUUGAACUGAUGGACGGUCAAGACAUCUCGGUGCUUGAUUUCUCGGCCUACGGUAAAAGCGCAAUCAAAUCGUACAAGUGCUCACCGGAUGCAUGGGCGCAGAUGUGUAUCCAGCUGGGCUUUUACAAGCUUUAUGGACACCCCUGCGCUACCUACGAGGCCGCUCAAACGCGCAAGUUCAAGCUGGGUCGCACGGAGACGAUUCGCAGCACGAGUGUAGAGAGCUUGGCUUUCUGUAAGGCCAUGGAAGACCCAAAUGUGUCAGAUGCUGAGCGCCUGAGCAAGUUCCAAGCCGCUGCUGCCCAGCACAUAAAGUACGCCAAGGAAGCGUCAGAAGGUGCGGGUGUCGACCGCCACUUGUUUGGUCUCAAGCGCCUGAUCAAGGAGGGCGAGGAGGUGCCAGCCCUUUUUAAAGACCCCAUGAAUGCGAUUAGCGGCACCUGGAUCCUCAGCACGUCUCAAAUCAGCUCGGACAUGUUUGAUGCUUGGGGCUUCGGUGAAGUGACGCCAAAAGGUUUUGGUGUGGCAUACGCGAUUAAGGAUAACGCCCUUACCUUUACGAUCAUGUGCCUCAAGGCGGAGCACAAGGCUUCGCGCCUGACGCACUAUAUCCACCAAGCUGCGUUGGAACUGCGAGCUGUGCACGACCGCGUUGCGCUGCAGGCGUAA